AUGACAGUCAUGGACGUUGGACGUGCCGCCACCUAUGGAGCGAUCAAUAGCUCCCCCACGAUCUCGACGUUGACGCUUCUCUCCGGAAAGCAUGAGACACUCCAGGCGGACCUGCAGAAGACAGUGGACGCCUUGGUGGAGCUGAACCCUGUUCUGUCUGGACGCGUUUGGCAGAAGGACGGCCGUGUACUGCUGGAACCGAAAGCGCACAAGGAGUUCCUCCGCGUGUACGCCGCACCUUCCUCGGAAGCUGUCCCUACGCUGGAGGGCUUAGACCUGAAGGCCAAGAUCCGCCUGCUCCAGUCGCUGGAGGGUUCCCUUUGUUCCCCCAUGGAUGGGCGCUUCACGCUUGGGCAUGGAAGUCAGGUCUUCUUGGUCGAGUUGAUGACCGGGCAGGACAUGUGUGUAGUGGCUGUCCACCUGUCGCACAUCGUCGGUGACAUCAAGACCCUGUACGAGUUGGUGGGACAGAUGAAUGCACUGAUGCGUGGCGAGACGCCGGAACCGCUUGUCUGGGACAGCGACUGGAGGCUCAGCUUCGACCUCUUCCCAGACUCGCUUUCGGAGAAAGACCGAAAGAAGCUGCGCUGGGGUGUCUUGGGCUGGCUUUGCCAGAAGCUCUGCGGUCCCAGGCGCCACUGCAGCGUGUCGCUUCUGUCAAAAACGCAGCUGGCGGAGAAGAAGCGCGAGCUCCAGACGGGAGCCGAGAAGCUCUCCAGCAACGACCUGCUCACCGCAGCACUCUCGCGGGCGAUAAGAGGCUCACAGAUCAUGAACCUCGCCGUGAACCUGCGAAAGCAAGCUGAGCAGCGCCGGAUGGCCGGCAAUUUCUGGCAGACGGUGGCCCUGGACCACGAUGCUGCCAAGGACCCCAACAUCAUCCGGAAGCACCUACCCAAGCUGCAGUUCUUCAAGACUGAUGCGAUGCCCUUCUGGCCUUAUGUUUUGGGCCGCUACAGCUUUGUCACGAAUUGGACGGCUUGCACGUGUCAGCUCGCCAUCCCCGGCUUGACCGUGCACUGUCACCUCCCCCACUCCAACUUCCUCAAGGGAACACCGACGAAUGUAGCAGUGAUCUUCAACGCCGACGCUGAGACUUUGGGCCUUAGCCACAAUGUGCCUCCUUCGAACCUGGACACGACGGGCCUCUUGGGCAGGGCACUGAGUACUCGUCAUCAUCCGUAUGCUGACGCUCUGAUCCUUCGUGCCGUCGAUUUCGCCUCCGAAGCAAAACAAGGUUGCGACGAGCCAUGCGACAAGAGCUUAGUCAGCCUUUUUGCAUCCUGCUCCCCCAGAAUCGGAAUCAACACCUGCAUGUUGGCGAUUCAGCGAGUUGAUUGCACGGUCGGCUCGAGCCAGCCGGGUAGCAUCUGCUUGCUCCUCUGGGACCCAGACGAUGCAUGCAUCGCGGUGGCUGGUGACAACGGCAGCUUAUGGCUCGGCGUGGAGCGCCCUGACCGCGCUGCCGGCCCGACACUGAGAGCAGCACCGCGCGACCGUGCCGCAGCGCCAGCGCAUGGAGAGGCCUCGAGGCCAGAGAGUUCCUGGCCAAGCGGAAAGACCAUCAAAUGCCACCAGGAGGCAACGUUGCCCUGCGGAACGGCACAGCGGCACCACGAGUUCUCUUCGGAUUGCAGGUUUCAAAGCCAGGAUUUGAAAGGCUUGAUCGCCUCUGGCGCACGAUCCAAGAGCGGAAGGCGACGGGCACCGAAAACUGCAGAAGUGCACGCGCCGGUGCGGCGCGCCGCUUGGGCGCCUCUCUCAGAGUCUCAGGUGCAGGCCCAGGAUGCCGGCCGCUCCUGGACCGACGAGGGCCGCGACGCUGACGGGCUCUGUUUGCCAGAGCCGCCUUGCCGCAGGACGGCGCGCCUGCUCGCCAAAGGCACCGACAAGUGUGCACAGAAGGUUGGCGAGGAGGCCACGGAGGUCUGCAUCGAGGCAGCCGCCCGAAGACCAGGAGGGGUGGUGAAGGAGUCGGCCGACCUGCUCUUCCAUCUUCUGGUCCUGUGGGCGUCCAUGGGGAUCGAGCCCAGAGAAGUGCUCGAGGAGCUGGCCAGGAGAGAGGGGAUCAGCGGCGUGGAGGAGAAGGAGUCGCGGAGCGCGCGCUGA